AUGGAAGGAAAAACGUCAAAAUUAUGGGGAUGUGGUGGGCGGUUUUCUCGAGGCAUGAAUGUUGAUCUAACUCAAUUAAACAACUCACUCCACAUCGACAAGAGACUCGCACAACAGGAUAUAAGCGGAAGUUUGGCUUAUUCAAAGAUUUUAUGUCAAACUGGAAUUUUAGAGCAAGCUGAAUUUGAAAUGAUUCAAAGUGCGUUUCAAAUAAUAAGUAGAGAAUGGGAUGGUGGGAUGAUAGAGUUGAGGGAUGAUGAUGAAGACGUGCAUAGUGUAAAUGAGAGGCGUCUAACUGAAAUAAUUGGUGAAAUAGGGAAGAAAAUUCACACGGGUAGAAGUAGGAAUGAUCAAGUAGCACUCGAUAUGAAAAUGUGGAUGAAGAAAGCAAUUCUGGAUAUCCUUGAUAUAUUCAGGAACUUUUUGGGUGUGCUAGUUAUGAAGGCAGACGAGAAUAUUGAUAUUUUGAUGCCGGGAUAUACACAUUUGCAACGUGCACAACCAAUUCGCUUUUCUCACUGGCUUCUCUCGUAUGGCUUUUUCCUUCAAAAUGAUUGUGAUAGAUUAAAGCAAUUAUUCGAAAGAGUUGAUGUAUUGCCACUCGGUUCGGGUGCAAUUUCCGGUAAUCCUUUCAACAUCAAUCGGACAGAGCUAGCGAGUCUUUUGGAUUUUAAAAAUGUCACGAUGAACAGCAUGAAUGCGGUAAGUGAUAGAGACUAUAUUUGUGAAUUCAAUUUCAUAUCAACAAUGAUUUCACUCCAUUUGAGUCGAUUGGCUGAGGAUCUUAUUAUCUACAGUACAAAGGAAUUCAAUUUCAUAAAGCUCUCGGGCGAUUUCUGUACGGGUUCAUCAUUAAUGCCACAGAAAUUCAAUCCAGAUAGUUUGGAGUUGAUAAGAGGUUCAUGCGGUGGAAUUUUCGGUCAAUUAACAAACAUGAUUGUCACAUUGAAGGCAUUACCGUCAACAUAUAACAAGGAUCUACAGAAUGAUAAACAAUCAAUGUUUUAUGUUUAUGACAGUAUCACACUUUCCUUGAAAGUUAUGUGCGGUGUCAUUGAAUCGAUGGACAUACUUGAAAUUAAUUGUCGAAAUGCUCUAAGUUUUGAUAUGCUUGCAACAGAUAUAGCUUAUUAUUUGGUGAGAAAAGGAAUGUCAUUCAGAGAGGCGCACCAUUGCUCAUCAAAAGCAAUCGAUUGUGCUGAAAGGAAUCGAUUGGGCAUUAAUGAACUUCCAAUGUCAGAUUACAAAGCAAUUAGCGAAAAGUUCAACGAUGAUAUUUUUGAUAUUUUCAGUUUUGAAAAGAGUGUGGAGCAGUAUCAAGCUAUUGGUGGAACUAGUAGAAAUUCAGUUUUGAGUCAAAUUGCAUGUCUUAAGAAAUACAUCGAUAACCUGUAA